GAACGGAUGAAAGCGAUCACGAAGAACUUUCGGCUUGGAUUUGGCUCAUUUAUCGAUAAAAAGCUUAUGCCAUUCGUGGAUCCUCGACCGGAAAAAACUAAUCCAGUAAUGCAAGCGGAAAUUUUCGACCGAUUGAACAUUCCGUGUUUUAUGGCUGGCGUUGUUGUGCCGAACGAUGGACAUUGUCAUCUGGACAAGCAUGGCUACUACACGAAGUCUCUGGAUCAGGAUUACCCAUCAAUCGCUCUCCUCCAUCAAAAAAUAAAAGAACGAAAAGCAAAUAUUAUUUUUGCAGUCACCGAGAAAAAUAAGGAUCUUUACAAGCAGCUCAGCGAUGCGUUACCAGAUGUGAGUAGUUCGGUUGGUGUUCUAGCAGACGACUCGAGAAAUAUUGUCACUCUCAUCGAAGAAGAGUACAACAAAAUCUCACAAAAAAUUAUCAUGGUCGAUAACGCGAAUGCCAGUCAGGGAUUGCGGCUUUCUUAUCGUUCAAAAUGCCUCGAGUAA